AUGUUUAUCGACCUGACCUUAGACUCGGAUUCGGACGAGUUGAGCAAGACAGCAUCAACAACAUCAACCAAGACACCCUCACUUCCACACAGCCUGGCUCACCGCGCACUCAAUGUCCCCCAUUCAGUGCCACAGAAGCGCAAAAAGUCUGACACAGAAGAUGCAUUUCCCGCCCUUGUUGUAUCUAGCUUUGUCAAUGGAUCCAAGCAUCGUGAGCAUGACCGUCGCGUCGCCUCCCAGCCCGAGCCGAGUCGACCGAGCUCGAGGCGCAGCAACGCAAGUCAAGAGGCCCAGAGCCAGAAUCGCCGACACACGCCGCACGCCCUCGUGCCUGCUUUGCGUGCCACUCGGUCCAAUACCCCAACCUCAUCUUCAGCGUCUACCCCAGAGGUCAUCAUUCCUUCCAACCCCCCAGAUGUUCUAAUUUACACGCCAUCCCAUCGAUUGAAGCGUGAAGCUUCGAGCUUCAAUAGUGGCCAUGCAGCAGCAGCAGCAGCAACAUCAUCAAGAUCAUCAAGAUCAUCGUCCCUCGCAUCAUCUAACCCAACAACAACUCAACCGCCCACCGCGCUCUCGCAGAGGUACUACCCCACCGACGCCUACGAGAAACGGGCCGUCAAGGGCGCCUACCCCAAGGCCAAGCGGGUGCAGCGGUCCGCCACGCCGCUGGUCAUCGGCACGCCGGGCCCGCUGCUCAUCCGACCCCCGAACAUCCGGCAGCAGACGCGCAAAACGAUGAAGCGCAAGCUACGGGGCAUCAAGGGGCCCGCCGUCACCUACGACGCGGCCGCGGAGCGCCGCCUUGCGGAUUUUAUUUUGAAUUUCGAGUUCGUCAACACCAACCCGCUGCGCAAGGGGGUGGUGCCCGUCGCCGAGGAGUUUAACGCGGGCUGCACGUGCGAGGGCGUCUGCGACGAGACGACGUGUUUGUGUCUGUCCAAGGAGGAGGACGAGAGUAACACGAACAUCGUGCCGUAUCGGGCCGCGGCGGAUGUGGCCGGUCUGAUGGUGCUGAAGCCGGAGUUCCUGACGCGCAAGGCGAUGAUCUACGAGUGCAGUGACCGGUGCAGCUGUGAUCAGACGUGCUGGAACCGCGUGGUGCAGAACGGGCGUACCGUGCGGCUGCAGAUCUUUCAUACCGGGGAUCGUGGGUUCGGCCUCCGUUCACCAGAUCGCAUCCGCCCCGGCCAAUUCAUCGACUGCUACCAGGGUGAAGUCAUUACCGCGGCAGCCGCCACUCUCCGCGAAGCCGACCACACAGCCCGCGGUACCUCGUAUUUGUUCAGCCUGGACUUCCUGAACGGCCAGUACGAGGAAUUUGAGGACGAGUCUAACGACGACGACGACGACGGUUACCACGACGAGGACAACGACGACGAGGACGACGAAGCCGAGUCCGGGUGCAAGUACGUGAUCGACGGCCGCAACUUCGGCGGCGUGACGCGCUUCAUCAACCACUCGUGCAACCCCAACUGCCGCAUGAUCCCGGUCUCCCGCAACCACGCGGACCGCGAUCUCUACGACCUGGCCUUCUUUGCGCUGCGCGAGAUCCCUCCCUUCACCGAGUUGACCUUUGACUACAACCCUGGUUCCGAGGGGGUCCGCGACUCGAAGAUCGAACCCACCGCGGUGCGGUGUUUGUGCGGAGAGGCGAAUUGUCGAGGGCAGCUGUGGCCAAAUCAGCGGAAGAAGGGGACGAGAUGAACACAUUGCUUCUGUGUGUGAAGCGGUGGUCAUAGUUGAUGUCUGGUUCUCCAAGAGUUCUCUUAUGGUUGGUACUGACUACAUUGUAUCUUCCCCAGGCAUUGGGCUUACCUUUUCAUCCAUCCAUCAUACAUACAUACAUACAUACAUACAGUUGGUAUGACAUGGCGUGGCGUGUUUAAGUUUUUGACUGUUUUUUUUUUUGCUUUCAUGCUGCGAAACAAGCGUACUUACGUUAUGUUUUCUGUCCCCUUUCACAUCAUCCCUUUCUUUCAUUGUGUUCUAUCCUGGUUACCCACCACCCACUCUGUCCAUGGAUCUGGCGAUCUGCUUGCACUUGUGAAUAAUUCCCGCUCGUGGUGCUGAUGCGCGACUUCCUCAAUUCGGCGCUGUCCUGCACAUGUUUUGACUUACGAUACCCUUAUCUACUUACCUUCUUACCUAUCC